UUCUCUUCAUAUUAAUGUCUGGGAUUUCGGACGCUUUCCGUGUUGUUGGUAGUCAAGUUGAUGUCUCCUGGAGGUAGUGGCAACAUCCAGCCCUGGGAGGAGAGUGCGUGCAGGUUGGAGUGCAAUGGCGUGAUCUUGGUUCACUGCAGCCUCCACUUCCCCGGUUCAAGCAAUUCUCCUGCCACAGCCUCCUGAGUAACUGGGAUUACAGGCACCUGACACCAAACCCGGGACGGCCUGAAUAUUGGACAGGAAGCCUCCCUGAGCAAUAGUGACGUUGCCCAGCUGCUUGUUGACCUCCUCGUCGUUGCGGAUGGCCAGCUGCAGGUGGCGGGGGAUGAUGCUGCGGGUCUUGUCACGUAUGGCGCUGCCCACCAGUUCUAAAAUCUCGGCGGCCAGGUACUGUAAGUACACUGGCGCACCGGCUCCGACCGGCUCAGAAUAAUUACCCUUUCGAAAAAAAUGACGGACUCUGCCCUAUUGGGAACUGCAAGCACGGUAGCGACAAACAAGUUUUUGCUUUAGCUCCAUUUUCCACGUCCGAAAAUAGCGACCUAUGAAAGCAGCGGAAAACUGUGAAAGACAAGCAAGCUGGAAUGGCGCCUGAACAAAUCCUUUUAUACAAACUGCAAGGCUGCAAUAGGAAGCUAUCCUAUUGGUCAAUUCUGUUUGGUGCUUUACCCAAUAGAAAAAGAUAACAUAAAUUCCAUAUUUGCAUAAACCCCACCCCUCAGUGAAACCGUGUUUCUUUUGUCCAAUCAGAAGUGAGGAAUCUUAAACCGUCAUUUGAAUCUCAGGACUAUAAAUACAUGGGCUCUGAACUGUUCUCUGUACUACUCUGUAGUGGAGAGUGUUAGUAGCUUUUCUAUUCUGUUUAGGAAUAGCAAUGCCUGAACCCUCUAAGUCUGCUCCAGCCCCUAAAAAGGGCUCUAAGAAGGCUAUCACUAAGGCGCAGAAGAAGGAUGGUAAGAAGCGUAAGCGCAGCCGCAAGGAGAGCUAUUCUAUCUAUGUGUACAAGGUUCUGAAGCAGGUCCACCCCGACACCGGCAUCUCAUCCAAGGCCAUGGGGAUCAUGAAUUCCUUCGUCAACGACAUCUUCGAGCGCAUCGCGGGCGAGGCUUCUCGCCUGGCUCACUACAAUAAGCGCUCGACCAUCACCUCCAGGGAGAUUCAGACGGCUGUGCGCCUGCUACUGCCUGGGGAGCUGGCUAAGCAUGCUGUGUCCGAGGGCACUAAGGCAGUUACCAAGUACACUAGCUCUAAAUAAGUGCUCAUGUAAGCACCUCCAAACCCAAAGGCUCUUUUCAGAGCCACCUACUUUGUCACAAGGAGAGCUAUAACCACAAUUUCUUAAGGUGGUGCUGCUGGUAUUCUGUUUCAGUUCUAGAGGAUCAACCGGAAUGUUAGCGAAGGCAAGUUUUAGAGCCAAGGUUAACUUGGACGGGGCCGUGCGCGGUGCCUCUUGCCUUUAAUCCCGGCAAUUUGGGAGGCCGAGGCGGGCGGAUCACUUGAGGUCGGGAGUUCGAGACUAGCCCGGCCAACAUGGCGAAAGCCUGUCUCUACUAAAAUACAAACGAUAGACGGUCGUGAUGACGCUCUUUCUCAUCUGUCUUAGCAAACUUAUUUGUUCCCCCUGGGUAAGCCUUCGGGUACUAUGUAUAAUUCCUUUGAUAAGGUCACUACUGCCUCCCUGGUCUAGUACUGGAAACGUUCCUUUCUGGAUAAUGAAGCAGGUAAUGGAAUUCAGGGCAUAGUGUUCCUGUGGGGGUCAUUAGCCGUUAACUUCUUGUGAGAUGCGGGGGAGGGGAGCAGAAAAGUCUAAGCGACAAAAGGGCAUGUAGGGAUAUUUGCUCCUGCAGCUUGCCUGUGCUGUAAAUUCUUACUUCAAGUAUUGAGGAAACAAUAAGCGAAGUCUGAUUUCCCGGGCGCCCUUAUACGGAAUAUUUCCCGCUCCACAAAAUGAAAUCGCAGUAGUUUUGAGUUAUAAUUGUUUAUGAAUGACAACAGCUAUGUAGUUUACAUAUUUCAUGCAUCCCAGAAAUCCAGAUUCCCAUUUCCUAAGCCACUUAACGUUCUGAUUUCCAGCUCUGCGAGAUACAAAAGGGUUUGGAUUUUGUGCCCUUCCCCAUCUGGCGCCACUGCAAAGCUUACUAGGAGGGCCCCACUUGGAGAGGGAAACCUUUUUCGAGAAGUCCAGGACGCCAAAAACAAUAUAGCU